AUGGAAAGUAUUUUGGAAAACAUCAAAAGAAAUAUCCCAUCAUACUCAGAUAUCACAGCAGAGCAGCUUAAAAUAACAAAAUUCACCAGUGCAACAAAUCAAGUGUUCAAAGUUGAGGCCCCUGCAAAGCCGUCUCCAAUAAUAUAUCGAGUUUUUGGUGAAGUUCCACUUAUUCCAAAGGAAAUCGAAAGGAGAAGCUUUAUGAAAGUUUCAGCGUCAGGGCUUGGUCCUCGAUGUUUAGGAGUGGAAAGCACAUUUAGAAUUGAAGAAUAUAUUGAUGGGACUGCAUUAAGCCGUCUUGAGCUUUCUGACUACGCAAGCCAAAUGGCUCAUGAAAUUUCUGAAUUUCAUAAGAUAGAGAGAGGCUAUGGAGAAUCUGCCUCAUCAAAAUUGAUCAAAAACUGAAGCAAUAUGUUUAGCUCAAAAAUCAAUUUAUAUAAGGAUUCACUAUCUUUAGACAGACAAAGACAGUUAGAAGAUUUAAGAUUUUUAACAACCCCUGAAGGCUUCAAUGAAGUUUCACAAUUUUUCCCAAAAACUGACUCCUUGGUCUUUAGCCAUAUGGACGUAUCAUACCAAAACAUCCUUAAAUCAUCAGAAAAGCUAUGAAUAAUCGAUUAUGAAUAUACUGAUCUAGCCUAUCACGCUAUUGAUCUUGCAAACUAUAUUAAUGAAAGACUGUUUGAAUAUAAUGUUUUUCCUUUUGAAUUUCACCCUGAAGAUGAAAUGUCACUGGCUACUCAGCAUGAAUUUGUGGAAAUUUAUGGAGAAGAAAAUGGGUUUGUAUAUGAAGAUUUGUGAAAUGAAGUUUGUGGGUGCAGGGCAGUUGUAAAUUAUUUAGGAGCUUUGUGGGCAGCUAAUAUGUUUAAACCACAAAAUGAGUAUUUCCUAGACUAUGCACAAAUUAGAUUUAGCCAAUACCAAAGAUUUUCUAAUCUUUAUUAA